CCAGGUAAAUGCUUCUCUUAUUGCUGUGGUACAGCAGUGGAGGGAGGCGGAAAUGUUUCUACCCGCGACUACAAUUGUGUUGUGAGGCCUUUUCCAUCUCAUUUUCUUUUUUGUCAUGUUCACGUUUGUCCUCGCUUUCCUGUUUUGCACGUUCCCCUUUGUCUCUUUUUGCACUCCAUCGUCCUUUCUUUGAGCACCUCUCUAUUUCUUCAUUUCCUGUUUUUCUGGCCAUCCUCAUCCACUUCGCAGUCCGCACCACCACCACCACUAUCACCACUACCAUUAUUAUCUACAGCAAAGAUGCCCCAUUCCAGGCCAAUCUCAUCACUACGUUCUCUUGCAUACACACUUGUACCGCUUCUCUGCAUAUUCACAUUCCCGUCAGUCGAUGCCCAAGCAUUCCGGCCAAAUCGCACAGACGGCGCCCUCAGUGCUUUCAUAGAAGGUCAGGGGCUCUACAUUCUCGGAGGAAGGGAAUCAAUUGGCAGUAACGCAAUCUCCCAGACGUUCAUGAUCGACCUAUCAACUUCCUGGAACGCCACAAAGCCAGCAUAUAAACAACUACCGACGGGGCCAGCUAUUGAAGAAAUGCCCAGCGUUAUGACAUCCGACGGCCGCUGGGUGGUUAUUGACUACGCCUCCACCGUCCAUGUCUUCGACACCAAGAAGAGCACAUGGAACAAAACCUUUGCAGUCAAAAACUUCAACACCGGGGUCGGAAACGGAGCAGUGUUUGAUCCCGACAGUGGCUCCAUUUACAUACCAAACGGAUACUUGGACGCCAAGAAUCAGGUCAACGCGUUGAAGAUGAACUUGGAUACUCGUACAACAGAGAGUGUUCGUAUCUAUCCUACAAAUCCAUCGUCUCUUGGAGUCUCAGCUGCUUGGAGCCAACAAUUUCAGAAACUGAUUGCAGUAGGAGGAUACAUUCGCGGUACAUUCUCAUGGAGCACCGUUCUCAACUGGACAAACAUGACACAGCACACGACGGGAACGACGCCCCCAGGGGCGUCCAACGCCCAAAUACGGACGCUUCAUUGUCUUACGCCAGCCUACGGAGGGUCGAAGAUGAUCCUGUUCGGCGGAAAGGACUUUGAUAACGGCUAUCGCGAUAUUUAUGUGCUGGACGUGGCGACUUUUACGUGGACGAAAGGCCCCGAUAUCGAUCAGGGGAAUGCAAGAGAUUCAGCCGCCUGUGCAUUUUCGAACGAUCAGUUCAUCGUAUGGGGCGGGUCCACAAGGGUCAAUGCCACUCAGUUCAUCUUCAACAACAAACCUCUCAUCUACAACCUCAAAACUAAAUCCUGGACCUCCCAGUACAUCGUCCCGGUCGUCCAAUCAAAUAUUACUACUACUUCUGCCGCCACCGCCAUUGUUUCAUACAUCUCCACCUCGGCCACCGCCUCAAGUGCCUCAAGUCCUACACCGUCCACUGAUUCCCUUGCGUCGACUUUACCAGGAACUAGUCGCCUACCUGUGAUUUUGGGCGCAGUUGUAGGAGUCCUUUUCGUGUCUAUUGUUGCCGGUGUUGUCCUUGUGUAUCGUCAACGAAGGCAACCUAAGGCCUCCAGCGGUUCUGUCCACCAGAUGUCAAAUCCAUUCCCUGGUCCUUCUCAUCACAAACCAAGCGCAUACAGCAUAUUGCGUAGUCCAUCCGCUCAUGGGCCCUCGUCCUGGCCAAAGCACUCAGACAACUCGCGGCAUUCUGAAAGAACCCACGCACCCGAAUCGCAAUCCUUCUACAGCUUAUCUCCUUCUGCCGGUGCAUACCCACCCCUGUCUCACUAUGUGCCACCACCACCACCACCCCAUCCGGCCAUCGUUGCAGAGGAGAGGGUUUAUGACCACACGAAGCAUCGGUACCCAAGAGCGGGUUCCCAGCGUCCCCCACAGCAGCAGACAUUCAACCGAAACGCAGAGAUGUCUAUGAGACGCAAUGUCCAAGAAGGUCUCCAUGGAACACAGACUUAUCCACAACAUCCUCAUACGAGUAUGAGUGGACCAACGUUGGAGGGUACUUAUCUAGACGAUUAUUAUGACCCCCGCCUCAUGUCAGAAUCUCCUUGAGGAGCGCCAAUCCACACUCUACAUAGUCUCUAUCCUUCUCUAUAUCAUCAGACGCAUCUUAGAUUAGUAUAUUUUAAAUGAAGUAGUAUUACGUGAAUCUGAGCAGUCGACCAACUGUAUGUGCAAAGUGUCGACGCUGUAUGUAUUAGCAGUAAACACUAUGGCCUGCAGUAUUCGAGAGGACGUAGUCUUAAUUUGCGUCUGGGAAAGAGUAGCGAGACAGUGAGGUGUAAAGAAACCCCACUGCUGUGCUGCGCUGUGCUGUCAAUAAAAACCAGG